AUGUGUGAACGCGAGAAAAGUUCGAGACAUUCGAAGUCCCGCCACCACCUCAUUCCCAAGUCCCGUCACCAAUCCAUAGAGACGGAGAACAACGCGCCUAGACCGAAGAGCACGCGCCGCAGUCAUCGGUCCUCCGACCCCUCCGCAGAGACCACAAACCAAGACUCUUCCACCGGCGGCUCCCGCCACCGGCGACACCGGCGCGGGUCCAACCCAGGCGGUGAAUCGCCUUCCGCUCAGGAUAUGCCGCCGAGAAGCAGCCGGCGGAAAUCAAAGAACUUGGAGGACGGUUCCGUGAAGAAAUCGUCGGCAAGAUCGUCGAAAGGAGACUCUCUGAGUGACAUUUCGAUUUCAGAUUUUGGGUCUGGUUCUGAAAGUGGGCCCCUUGAGCCCAUUAGGGUUUAA